AUGCAGUCAGAAUCCGUGGAAAGAAAGUAUUUGGAAAACGACGAUCUUCUAAAUGUAAGAGUGCUCCAACGAAAUCUGGUGUAUGCAGUAGGUAUUCCCGUGGAAUUUGCUAGAGAGGACUUGCUUCGGUCAAAGAGCCUAUUUGGCGGAUUUGGCGAGAUAGUCAAGAUUGUGCUAAGCAAGAGAAAAGAGAUAAAGCCUGACAAAAGCUGCGAGGGGGGUUUUAGUGCAUACAUCACAUAUUUGAGGGAGGAGUAUGCAGUGGAGGCCAUUCGAGAAAUGGAUGGCUUUAGGCUAGGAGAAAAAGCCGUUCGCUGCACGUUCGGGACAACAAAGUACUGUUCGUUUUUUCUGCGAAAAAUCAAAUGCAGCAACGAGGGAUGCCUGUACUUGCACGAAAAGGGAAGAGACGAAGAUUCCUUUGCGCGGGACCAGAUGUUUGUGCUAAAAACGAAAAUAGAGAAGAUCAUAGAGGAAAGAAAACCUCAGGAAAAGGAGCCGUUUGUUGAGCCGAAACACCCUACAAGCGAACCUGAGAACAUAGAGGGGCUUUCCGCCCUGUUUACAUUCAAGCCUGAGCAAAUUUCUGCCCAGAAGCACUAUGAAACCUGCCAGUUCAAUCCAUUUUAUAGAAGAACUGUUGAGGAAAUGCAUGAAUUACCGGAGGUUGCAGCAAGAAGCAUAUGUGCAAAAAAAUAG